ACUGAUACUGUAACAUGAUGCCCCGAGUGGCCAGAGCCGGGCUCUCUCCUGUGCUGCUCUGCCUCAUCACACUAGCCCGGCUAGCCAGCUCAUCUUCUGCUCCCAGCACAGAGCUGCACACCGUGCCCCACCAUGCCGUCACCCCUGUCGAGACCCGGCUGCCAGUCUUCACCCUGGACUACCCCCAUGUACAGGUUCCUUUUGAGAUCACACUCUGGAUCUUGCUGGCCUCCCUGGCUAAGAUCGGCUUCCAUCUAUACCAUAAGCUGCACACCAUAGUACCGGAGAGCUGUCUCCUUAUCCUGGUUGGAUUACUUCUUGGCGGAAUCAUAUUUGCAGUUAAUGAAAGGUCUCCGCCUGCUAUGAAGACAGAUGUCUUUUUCCUGUAUCUUCUGCCUCCAAUUGUGUUAGAUGCAGGUUACUUUCUGCCCACACGACCAUUCUUUGACAAUGUGGGCACAAUAUUCUGGUAUGCAGUUGUGGGCACGCUAUGGAACGCUAUCGGGAUUGGCAUAUCACUCUUUGGAAUCUGCCAGAUAGAAGCAUUUGGGCUGUUAAAUAUCUCAUUGCUGCAGUGCCUGCUGUUUGGAAGCCUGAUUUCAGCUGUAGACCCAGUGGCUGUUCUGGCUGUUUUUGAAAAUAUUCAUGUCAAUGAACAACUAUACAUCUUAGUAUUUGGAGAGUCCUUGUUGAAUGACGCUGUCACAGUGGUGCUGUACAAUUUAUUCAAAUCAUUCUGUGAGAUGAGAACUAUUGAAACGACUGACAUCCUUUCUGGAAUGGCUAAUUUCUUUCUGGUGGGAAUAGGAGGCGUUUUAAUUGGAAUCAUUUUUGGAUUUAUUGCUGCCUUCACUACCCGCUUCACCCGCAACAUCCGUGUGAUUGAGCCUCUCUUUGUCUUUCUGUACAGCUAUUUGUCAUACUUAACUGCAGAAAUGUUCCACCUUUCAGGAAUUAUGGCCAUCACAACAUGUGCCAUGUCUAUGAAUAAGUAUGUGGAAGAGAAUGUGUCCCAGAAAUCUUAUACAACAAUCAAGUAUUUCAUGAAGAUGCUGAGCAGCGUCAGCGAAACCUUGAUCUUUAUCUUCAUGGGCGUUUCCACAGUUGGAAGAAACCAUGAGUGGAAUUGGGCUUUUGUUUGUUUCACAUUGUUCUUCUGCUUGGUAUGGCGUGCGAUGGGUGUAUUUGUUCUGACGCUGAUAAUCAAUCGGUUCCGAACAAUCACGCUGACAGCAAAAGACCAGUUUGUCAUUGCCUAUGGAGGACUUCGCGGAGCCAUAUGUUUCUCCCUGGUGUUUCUCCUCCCUGACUCCCCUGCAUUUCCACGGAAAAAACUUUUUAUUACAGCAGUAAUAGUGGUGAUCUUUUUUACAGUUUUUAUUCAGGGCAUAACUAUUCGUCCAUUGGUAGAAUUUUUAAAUGUGAAAAAAGCAAAUAAAAAGCAGGAGAUCAUCAGUGAAGAAAUCCAUAAUCGGUUCUUGGACCAUGUAAAGGCAGGCAUUGAAGAUGUAUGUGGCCACUGGGGACACAACUACUGCAAAGACAAGUUUAAACAAUUUGAUGAAAAAUACUUGCGUAAACUUUUAAUUAGAGAAAAUGAGCCAAAAUCAAGCAUUGUGUCUUUAUAUAAAAAGCUGGAAAUAAAGCAAGCUAUCGAGAUGGCAGAGACUGGUAUAAGUAGGAAUCCAUCUUUAUCUUCAAUAGGAACAUAUGAAAAAAAUAAAGUGCAACCUCUUUCUCCAAAUGAAGUUAAUGAAAUGCGAGAUGUGCUAUCAAAGAACCUUUACCAGAUACGUCAGCGGACUCUCUCCUAUAACAGACACAAUCUUGCAAGCGGGACCAAUGAAAAACAAGCAAAGGAAAUACUGAUUCGUCGGAGGCACAGCAUGAGAGAGAGUUUAAAGAAGCAUAAUAGCCUAAUAACAAGGAACAGAGCGGCCACUGCCCACCAAGCACGGUAUUUGUCUCUUCCUGGGCAUACGAACCUCUCUGAAGGACAAAGACAAAAGAAUGCAGCUCCUUUCAAAGUAGGUGACAGUGACUCUGAUGCUGGUAACUCCAGCCAAGAGUUGAAUUUCUUCCCCAGAGCUGCAGAGAUCUUGCGGAAGGAGAGGCAAAAACGUGCUCCAUACAUCAGCGGACUUGAGUGGACAGAUGAAAGACUACAUGGCAAUAUUCAGGACUCCAGUGCAGUAGACAAAUCUCCCCUGCAGAGAGAACUUCGGGAGCCCCUCUUAUCUAAGGCAAGGUUUGGCACUUUAAGAGAAGACAGAGAGCCAUCUGGAGAAAACGCUGCACCAGUACCACCACCAAGAGUUAGGCAUGCCUCUGAAGCUGAGAGUCAAAAACAGAGAUAUAGAGAAAAAAGAACUCACUCCCGAGCACCAAAGUAGUGAAAUCCAGACGGUUUUAUCAACUACAUCAAAAGCACACCUUACAGGACAUGCAGCCAUCUGCAAACUGAGGCUUUACCAUUUGUCCUGUAUUUCGAGUCCAGCGGGGCUGUACGUAAGGAAAGUGUAUUUGUGCUUUUUCAAAUGUUUCCCUAUGAUCCAUGACUGAAUGGGCUGGACAGAUUCUAAUGAGCACAGACUUUCCAUAACACUGUGUUAGAUACACUCCUUAGCAGUAAUUUAUUACACUGUUUCUAUAUUUAAUAAUUUAAUAUAGUACAUUAUGAGGCAAAACGUGAAAGCUGAAUCACUUUUACUUUUUUUUUAAAUUAUAAACAGCAACUUACAGUACUAUACAUUGCACUGAUUUAUUGGAAGUCACAUCCUGAGAAUCUGCAGGCUGGAAAGUUCAGGUGUGAUACCCGAGAUUGUUUUCAAGUGACUUCAGUUUAGAUGUCUCCUACUACUGAUAUCUCUGCUUUCAUACAAGUUGUCUCUAUGAAGUAAUUUGGACCCAAACAUACAUAUUUUCUACUCCAGCAUGAUGUCAGUCAGAAUUAGUUUAGUAGUAACAUGAAUGCCUUGCACUUUGUGGAGUAACACACGUUCGGUUGUCUGUUAUUUCAGGGCCAGGGAAACCCUGUAUCAUGAUCAAUUGCAGUGAGAUUUGCAAGACAACCUACUGUAUGUAUGUUGAGUCUUCAAGCAAUUCUUAUAGAGUGUCAAUUUCAUUUGUGGAACCUAUGUCAUGCACUUAUUGUCUUUUAACCUGCUAGCAAUAUAUACUGUUUUAUAAUAUUGGUCAUGAUUACAUUUGACGAAUGAAGUUCUUCUGCACAAAGAUAAUCAUACAUGCUUUAAGAUAGAUUUUGAUUUUAGAAUGAUAUUUAUUACAAUGUAGUGUGUGUAAAGAAAAAGAUGUAUUAAAUUCUAAUGUGUAUGGCUGAAAUUCAGUGCAUAUUUUCUAUAAUAAACACUAACUAACCUGCUCCACUUGCAAUAUUCAUCUAUCCAGUACUCAUAAAAGACUAUUUAUUUUAUACAGUAAUGCUACAAUGAUGGAUAAGUGUAAUAAAUGUAGUUAUCCCUUUAAAUGGAUACCUUUUGCCAGCAUGGUUUAUUUCCUGUGACUAUGCAGUAAAAUACAAAGGUGUAGACCACAGGUUCUCAAACUCGGUCCUCAGGACCCCACACGGUUCAUGUUUUGUAGGUCACCUAUAGAUUUUUAAAAUGUGACAGUUGGCGAUAGAUAGGUCACCUGAUGGGUGACACGAAAAACAAGAACCAUGUGGGGUCCUGAGGACCAAGUUUGAGAACCACUGGUGUAGACCAUUCACAAAGCACAACAUGGUCACGUCUGCCGAGGACCUAUUGUGCACCUUUACUUGCAUACAGUAAGUGAAUGGAGAUUUUCAACAAGGCAUAGGGGAUUUCUGGAGUGAGAUUGUGGCACUUGCUAACAGCUGCAAUGUGCACUGGCUAUGAGGAGGAGCUGGGCAGAGUAGGCAUAUUCUAAUGUGCACCGGCUGUGAGGAGGAGUUGGGCAGAGUAGGCGUAUUCUAAUAACGAAUAAGCAGGUACACUGGCACACACCUUAUGUUGUGAAGCAGUAUACAAAAUAAAAUUCUUUUCUCUGACGUCCUAGUGGAUGCUGGGAACUCCGUAAGGACCA